AUGACAUACGAGGACUUCAUCCUCAGCACACGACCGAAAGUCUUCGACUCAUGGAGCCUGCACGCUCUCCUCCCGAAGGGGAUGGAUUUCUUCGUGCUCCUCUCGUCGGUCGGCGGGGUGCUCGGCGCCCCCAGUCAAUCCAACUACUGCGCCGGGAACACCUUCAAGGACGCGCUGGCGCGGUACCGGGUGCAGCUCGGGGAGAGAGCCGUCGCCAUCGACCUGGGCAGGAUGGCCGGCGAGGGGGUCGUGGCCGAGACGGCCGGCAUGCUGGACUCGCUACGCCGUCUGGGCUACUUCAUGGACGUUACCCCGGCCGACCUGCACGCGCUGCUGACCCAAUACUGCGACGACGCCACCGCCCGGCAGUCGCCGGUGCCGUUCACGUCCACCACAUCUCCCACCGAAUCGCAGGUCGUGGUGGGCUUCGAAUGCCGCGAGCGUGCUGCGAGCGAGCCUAUCCUGGGCCUUCCCGUGGAGGAGAUCGAUGUGGAUCGACCGGUGCAUGCAAACGGCAUCAAUUCAUUUGGUGCGGUCGAGCUGCGUAAUUGGUUUGGGAAGCGCAUCGGGGCGGAUGUGGCGGUCUAUGAAUUCCUGGGCAAUAUGUCUCUGGCGGAGCUGAGUCGGUCUGCGGCCUAG